AUGUUUCAUGGACGUGAGGAUAUCCGCAGUUCUGGAUACGACCAAGUAACUUCCCUUCUGCCUUAUGGCGAUUACUUGAAGGCUCAGCGCAAGCUUGUCGCACACGGUCUCAAUCAGUCGACGGUACCUAGAUACUGGCCUACACAAGAAAACCAGGCACGCAAGCUGGUAUGCGACAUCCUUGCUGAUGCGAACAGGAUCGCAGCAAUCCUCUUGGAGGUUACUUAUGGCUGUUCCGUGAAAGGACCUGACGAUCCAAUGACUGCCAUGCUGCUCAUUUUCAUGAACAACCUUAGCGCGGCAACUCUGCCCGGGGCGUGGCUUGUUGACUUCGUUCCUCAGCUCGAGCACUUACCCACUUGGAUGCCCGGAGCUCAAUUCCUGCGUACUGCAGCGAGUUGGAAAAAGCUUUCGCAGAGAAUCUCAUGGUCGCCGUAUCUAUGGUGCAAGGAGAACUUGGAUAAUGGUAUUGCUAGGAUGCCCAAUUUCUGUGCUACAACGCUCCAAUCAAAAGAUGGAGUCAUCUCUUCAGAAGAAGAGGCGACGUUGGUUCCCGCUGCGGUGACAGUGUUGGGAGGAGGGUUUCAUACGAAUCUGUCGACUAUCUGCAUGUUUAUCCUCGCCAUGCUCCACUAUCCUGAUGUCCAGGCCAAGGCGCAGGCAGAGAUUGACACAGUCAUAGGACACGAUCGGCUUCCCGAUAUCAGUGACAAGGAAUCGUUGCCUUAUGUCAGGGCCCUCAUCACUGAAGUAUACAGGUGGAUUCCCUCUGUUCCUUUCGGUUUUCCACAUGGAUUGAUCCAAGAUGAUGUCUACGGAGUAUUUCAUUUCAAGAAAGGCACGAUAGUGGGCUCAAAUGUCUGGAAUAUACUACAUGACCCUGAAGUCUUCACCGAUCCUAUGGCAUUCAAACCGGAACCUUAUGAUGGAGAUGAUUCUGAGAUGCGCAAAGUCGUCAACCUCGCGUUCAGAUUCGGAAGGAGGUCAUGCCCUGGGCUCUACUUUGCCGGAGAUACAAUCUUCGCCAUUGUGGCAACCAUGCUGGCAACGUGCGAUAUCGUUCCCGCGAAAGAUGCGUACGGCAAGGACAUCAUCCCCGAGCUGAAGUAUACGAGUGAAACCAUCACAUUCCCGGAAAAUCUGAAGUGCGACCUGAAGCCUCGCUCUGCUCGACACCAGACGUUACUUGCGGAUUCGAGUCUGACGCCAUGAGGCCGGGUGUCAUACACGAUCCGCGACUACAUAGUGCGGAGCGUUAAGCGUCGAUGUGUGACACGAAGUCAUAUAAAUUCGUAUACAAGCC